AGGCUCGCAGAGCUGAACAUCGCCUGCACCACCAGCUCCGAGAAGCUGCGGAGCCGCUCCCAGGACUACUAUUGGUACUCCCCGGUCCUCCGCUCCGCGCUGAAGGGCCGCCAGGCCGACGUGGUGUGCUCCCCGAGGACGGAGGCCGAGGUGGUCGCCGUGCUGCGCGAGUGCUUCGCGCUCGGGAUUCCCAUCACCCCGCGCGGGGCGGGCACCGGCAACUACGGCCAGGCGGUGCCGCUGCGAGGCGGAGCCGUGCUGGACCUGAAGGGCCUCACGGGCUUCGCGCUGGCGCGGCGCGGGGUGGCACGCGCUGGGGCGGGGCAGCUGAUGGGCGCCAUGGAGGCGGGGCUCAGAGAGGCACACGGCCACGAGCUGCGCUUCUUCCCCUCCACGGUGGCGCAGGCGACCAUCGGCGGCUUCGUCUGCGGGGGCUCCUGCGGCGUGGGCUCCAUCAACUACGGGCUUCUGCGCGACCCCGGCAACGUGCUCGGGCUGCGGGUGGCGACCAUGGAGGCGGAGCCGCGGGUGCUGGCGCUCAGCGGCAAGGACUGCCAGGCGGCAGUGCACGCGUACGGCACCAACGGCAUCGUCACCGAGGUGGAGGUGGCAUUGGCACCGGCGCAGGACUGGCUGGAGAUGGUCGUGGCGUUUCCCACUCUGGCCGCUGCCGCGGAGGCCGCCCAGGCCGUCUGCGAGUCGCCAGCCAUCGCCAAGCGGAACGUGACCACUCUCGGGGCCCCAGUCCCUGCGCUGCCCGGCUUCGAGGGCCUGCUGCGACAGAUUACCGCCGCCGGCGGCGACGCCAGCUCGGUGGCGGGCGCGGGAGCGGUGAACCUCAUGUGCAUCGGGGCCUGCUCGGUCGAGGGCGCUCGGGAUAUCUGCGAGCAGCACGGCGGGUUCGCUCACUGUGCUUACGAGAGCGGGAAGGGGGCCGACGGCAAGCGGCGGAGACCUCUGUACGAGUGGGGCUGGAACCACACCACCCUUCGCGCGCUGAGCAAGGACGAGAACAUAACCUAUCUCCAGUGCGGGUACUUCGACCCUGCUGGGCCUAUCGAGUCCGUGCUUCACCUGCAGGAGAGGUUCGGGGGUGCCGCCAACGGGGACGAGUACAUGACGCACCUGGAGUGGGUGAGGCAGGGCGGGCGGGUGGGUGCCUUCGGGCUGCCGCUGGUCCGGUGGCGGAGCAAGGAGCGGCUGGAUGAGCUGAUCGCGUACCACAACGACCAUGGGUCACCUGUGUUCAACCCGCACACGUUCGUGCUGGAGGACGGCGGGAUGAAGCAGACGGACGCGGCGCAGCUGGCGUUCAAGCACGAGAACGACCCGACGGGGCUGCUGAACCCGGGGAAGAUGCGAGCCUGGGAGGAGGGCCGGCCAGUGGUGGAGGGCGUGCUGAACGCGUUCGACAGGCUGAGGGAGGGCGCGGCCGCACCGGACCUCGAGCCCGAGCCGCUCACGCCGGACAUGCUCGCGGAGCUGAACGAGGGCGCGGCGGCCAGCGAGCAGCACGCGGCCGGCGCACCGGCUGCGGCCACCGUCGCCGAGGGAGGCCGCCGGGCCGUUGCUCGGCCGCUGAGCCCGCCCGCGGGCAGCGUGCGGCCGCCCCUCGCCAACUACACCCACGGGGCCCUCGUGCCGGGCGGCAGCGAGCUGGUGUUCCUCAGCGGCCAGCUGGGGAUCCGCCCGGACGGCUCGGUGCCAGAGGGCGCCGGCGAGCAGGCCGCCGUGUGCUUCGAGAACGUCGCCGCGAUCCUCGCGGAGUCCGGCCUCGGGCUCGAGCACGUCGUGCGGCUCAACGCCUACGUCAGUGGUCGGGAGCACCUCCCGGCCUACAUGGCCGCGAGGGACGCCGCCCUCGAGGGCCUGCCGCCCGCGGCGUCCACCCUGAUGGUGGUGGACGGCUUCUCGCGGCCCGAGCUCCUGGUCGAGGUGGAGGCGGUGGCCGCCGCGGGGGGGCCCAGCUCGCGCUGCCACGGCGGCGGGUCGGCGGGGCCGCAGCGCGGCGCUCGGCCGGAGCCAGGGACCCCGGCGAGCGCGCGGCCGCGGCAGGCCUCGCGGCGCUGGGCGGAGUGGACCACCGCCGACUUCGCGGAGGCCGACCUGUCCCAGGCGGUGGCCGUGCUGCCCCUGGGCGCCACGGAGGCGCACGGGCCGCACCUGCCCCUGGGCGUUGACGCGAUGCACAACGCCGCCCUGCUGGACAGGGCCCUCGAGCGGCUUCCGCCGGAGGCCACGGUGCUCGCGCUGCCGCCGCUGGAGGUCUGCGUCUCUUGCGAGCACUCCGGCUUCGCGGGCACGCUGGAGGUGUCGGCGGAGACGGCUGCCGCCACUUGGGCAGAGAUCGGCGCGUGCGUCGCCAAGGCCGGCGUGAGGAAGCUGCUGCUCUACAACUCGCACGGCGGCAACCACGCGCUGGCAGAGGUGGUGGCCCGCCGGCUGCGGCUGGACCACGGCAUGCUCGUCGCCGUGGCCAUGAACCUGGCGCAGGGCAUGGCGCCGGGCGGCAGCGUGGCCGCGCUGUUCCCCGAGGACGAGGUCCGCUACGGCAUCCACGGCGGCGCCCUGGAGACCUCGCUGAUGCUGCACCUGCGGCCGGAUCUUGUGCGCUUGGACGCCGCGCGAGACUUCGCCUCCGCGGCGUCGAGGCGACCACCUGGCGCCGCCCUGCAGGUGCACGGCCCGGGCUUCGCGAACAAGGUGGGCUGGGUGGCGCAGGACCUGAACGAGGCCGGCGUGGUCGGUGCGGCCGCCUCGCUGUCCGACGCCGCCAAGGGCGCGCAGCUGGCGGAGGCGUCCGUGUCGGCGCUCGUCGGCCUGCUCUCGGAGCUCCACGCCGCCGACGCGGACGAGUGGCUCGCGACGAGCCCGCGGUACCCGCCGCAGGGCCGCGGCCGGGCCCGCUGACGCCGUCGAGGGGCGCUGGCUGGAAAAGGCCGGCGAGGCCGAGCCGCGCGCCCCGGGCGGCGGCGCAGGAGAAGUGGCCCUCCGCCGGAGCGGCUCGUGCUGCGGAGGUCUGUGGCCCCUCCCCGCGGUCACCCCGGAGCCGCGCAGCGAGGUCCAUUCUUGCUCGGGUUCGCUCCGUGCGUGUGGCCGAGUCGCGCGGGCGCAGUCGGCAGCAGUCCUCACCCGGCGCGUGCCGAAGCUCCGCCUCGCUCUCCAGGCGGUCUGGCAGCAAGAUCACGGUGGCGAGCGGCUCGGUGUUUUCCGCCCCUCCUCGUGGCCUCC